AUGGACGCAUGGCUUCUGGUCGACAGUGCCAGCGGCAACGCCAUUGAGGGGGAUAAAGAUGUCUUCGUGGAAGAUUCAGCUCCCGGCGCACUACGAGCGGAGGAGGCGGACGACUACGCCCGGAAUGCUAUGCGCGGGGUCGAUCAGCGGGUCGAACGCGACAAGGUCAAGCUGGCGAAAGCUGGCGACGCGGUGCUGAGCAGUCUGGCAAAUUUGGAAAGCUUCGCAGAGCCUCCCCACAGCCGAAGUCAACAGGAGUUGCUACGUCGAACGUGGCUGCGAGCACUGGACUAUCUGGAGAGCAUCGGCACCAAGAUUGAGAGUGCACCACAUGGAUAUCACAAGGCCGCACGCGCUGAGAGUCCGCUGCUCGUACGAUCUGACGCACCUAUGCCCGUCAUGCUGCAGCGCAAAUUCCAUGGCGGCGCUUUCGACACCACGACGAAGCAAGACGAUGCAACACUGUUGGCUGAAUAUAUCAUGCGAGCUGGUGACGCCUCAAUAGCACAAGAACGACUCGACGAGUGGGAUCAGGAAGCCUUAUUCCCAGCGUCCACUCAUCGUCGAGCGUCAUUGGUCCAAGACUUGAUGGAAGCGUCAUAUGAUGCAGAUAUACUUGCUGCCCAGUGUACAGCGCGAGGCCUUGACCCCAUGACAGCACGUAUCCGAAGAAUGUCGAUCACCUGA